AUCCUGAUAAGUGAUAAGCUGGCCAACCGAUGAACGCCUGACUAUCCGCCUCAAAUAAUUGCAGCAAACAAACAAAUUUUUACCCUGUACCAGCAAGUCUCCCCGCCGUACAGUUCUCAGCAAGACCCCGCUUCCUUGCUUCCACGGAAGAGCAUCGGGUCGCAUCGUAUCCCCGCAUUUUCCACGAGCAGGACGAGCCUGCCGUGGGGACUCUGAGCACUGAUGACUCAAGGUCGCAGCUAGACGAUGUUGCGUGGUGGUAGUAUCUCUGCUGCAUCCGCGACGAGGACGAGCAAGGCGUAGAAGCUUUUUCCCGGGGUUUAGGAAGUGGAGGAGGCGAUUGAUUGAAUCUGACCCAAUGGCGCGUCAGAAUCGAGCAAUCGAGCAGGUGGCAGGCAUUGUGGGAUUCCUUGCCUCGUGGGGAGUGAUCAAAUGCAGUGGAUCGUUUUCGGCCUUCCGUGGUGAAUUCUAGCAUCAGGUUAUCAUCAUCUGAGUUACUCUGAUUCAGUUCUUGCUGCAAGUUUGGGCGGCCCUAUAGUAUUCUGUUGUUCACCGAUCUGGUUGACUUGAGGUUUCUGAGAGGAGAUGGAUGAGGAUGACUACUCUUGGGUGGGCCGCACCAGGUUCUCGCACUCCGUUGUCAGGUCUAGCUCCGGCAGGGAGAAGCUUGGUGAUUUUGAUGACCAGUUUGACCGCUGGGUUGCGUUGAAGCAGAGAGCAUUCAGCUCAGAGCUUAAGAUUCCUGCACAUGUUUUACAACCAAGAGCCAAAGUCGUAGCAGCCUCAAACCCGGCAAGGCCGUCUAUUCCGAAGGCACCAUCGGCAGCUUUGGCAGAUCAAAAGCCGAAAGAUGUGUUCUUAGAUGGUCAACUGAAACAACAGGGUGUGAUUAGUGAAGACUCAUUGAAAGAAACAUCGGUGAAGCAAGAUCGUGAGGUUGAACCUGUGGGAAACAGUCUAGGCCGGACUACGGAGGAUGGAAGCUCAGACAUGCUGGAGUUCUCUUUCCACUCUGAGGAACAAAGCAUUAGGUUGCAGAGGGUAUGUUCUAGCCCAGGCCCAUCUCCUUUCUUUGCAAAGGAUGCAACACUAGCUGGUGAUCCCAAUGUACGAAGUGUAUCUUUUAAGGUCGCAGGAGAUGGAUCACAGCCAAAAAGGAGAGCAAAAUCCCCUAUCCCCCGGCGUGUCAUCUCCGACGUUUUUAGGGAGGCAAAAGCUGCCAGCAAGAGGUUCUCCUCUCCGCAGCGGCAAAGGAAGUCUAGUUCAGCACGGUCAGUGGAUGACAAUCCCCCCUUUGCCUUUUCCUCGACGAGAGCAGCAAGCAUAUUGCAAUCUAGAAGAGCCUCUUCCUGGCCAAGGAACCAUGACAGUGGAGGAGUAUCAAAGAUUACUGCAUUGGAGAUACUUGAGAGAUGGACGGUCGACCGCUCACAGUUGCUCAUUGGCCAUAGAUUUGCAUCAGGAGCGUAUAGUCGUUUGUUCCAUGGAAUCUACAAGGAGCAGCCUGUUGCUGUCAAAUUUAUCAGGCUACCUGAUGACGGUGAAGAUACGGAAUUGGCUGCUCGGCUUGAGAAGCAGUUCACUACAGAAGUUACCAUUCUGUCUCGGCUAGAUCAUCAUAAUGUCAUUAAGCUGGUUGGAGCAUGUAGCUGUCCACCUGUCUAUUGUGUCAUCACUGAGUUCCUGUCUGGGGGUUCUCUGAGAGCUUUUUUGCGCAAGCUGGAGUGCAAAAGUCUUCCUUUGGAGAAGAUUAUUUCCAUUGCCCUGGAUAUUGCACAUGGCAUGGAAUACAUUCACUCGCAAGGAGUAAUUCACCGUGAUGUGAAGCCUGAGAACAUUCUAUUUGAUGGAGAGUAUUGUGCAAAGGUUGUUGAUUUUGGAGUAGCUUUUGAAGAUGUAUACUGCAAUACACUGGAAGAUGACCCAGGUACAUAUAGGUGGAUGGCACCGGAGAUGUGUAAGCGCAAGCCAUAUGGUCGGAAAGUUGAUGUUUAUAGUUUUGGCCUUCUCUUGUGGGAACUGGUUAGUGGCUCAAUCCCUUAUGAAGAGAUGACUCCAGUCCAAGCAGCGUUUGCAGUUGUUAACAAGAACUUGAGACCGGUGGUUCCUUCGAGCUGCCCGGCACCAUUACGGCAAUUGAUGGAGCAAUGCUGGUCUUCUCAACCAGAUAAGAGGCCCGAGUUUAGUGAGGUAGUCCCAAUCCUUGAAAAUCUCAAGACAGUUCUUGAUAGGGAUGGAACACUUGACAAGAUCCCGAGCGCCAGCUGCCAGGAAGCUCAGGACCAAAAUAAGAAUAGACUUGCCAACUGGAUCCAAAAGCUCUCGUAUAGCCCACCUGAUUUCUCAGGGCCUCCACCACCAAAGCUUCUGUAAUUAUUUGUCUCCUCCUCUUCUUUCCAAUUUGUGUUAUCAGGUACAUCACAGCCCUGUAAAUCAAAAUUUUCUUCGUGGUAUAUAACAGAAAACACGCCCUUUUUCUUCUACAGAACACAAUAAAUACUUGGUCUUCUUGAAA